UAUAGUGCCCCAACAGUGAAAUAUGCAAUAUACUUCCUACGGUUCUCGAACAUAUCGAUAUUUCUCACGAUCGAUUUUUAAACGGAAAACAUGGCGGAAAGGAGCACACCAUAUUUGUGAAGAAGAAAGUUUUGUCCAGAAGAAUUAUUCAGGAAAAAAGUAUCAACAAUUCUCAGUUAACAUUUCAUGUGAAAUGUGCGACUACAGAGCCAACAGAAAAGUACACAAUACACAUCCUACGAUUCUCGAACAUAUCGAUAUUUCUCAGGAUCAAUUUUUCAACGGAAAGAUGGCGGAAGGAAGCACACCUCGUCUGUGUGACGAAAGAAAGUGUUCUUCAGAAAUAUCACUCAAAAAGAAGUAUCAUUCAGAAAUUCUCAAGUAAAAACUUCAAUCAAUAGUUGUUAGAUUUGUGUUUGUGUUUUGUAUUUUUAAAAUAAAAAGUGAUUUUUUGGCUUUAACUCAAGGUAAAAUUUAACCAAAUAAUUGUCACAUAUAAUUUUCAACAAUUAAAGAAAUAAUGGC